GCAAAUCGUCCCAACUUGUUCGUUUGUUGUCGUUGCUCGCGACGCGGAAGACGCAGAAGACGGUUCUCGUUCCUGUUGUUUGUUGUCCCCCUCCUCCCUCCUCCUCUCCUUCUUUGGUAAAGAGUUGUGGGAGAGUGGUGCGUGUGCAGCAACCAACCCCGCCUCUCUCGCUCUCUCCUUCGCACGCUUCUUGCUUGCUCUCUUCCAUGCAUGCAGAAAAAGCACAAACAACACACAGCAAGCACUGCGCACAGGCACACGCACGCAACUCCCUCCGCGGCUGUGCUUUGGUUAGUUUAUAUUUUGCAUCGCCCCGACACAAAGUAGAGACCCGCAGCCGAGCCAUCGCUCAUUCUCAACACCAGAGCGUGUUUCAAACAGCUACAACAGCUUCGACUACCACCCAGCAGUCAACCACAGCGCUCUGGGCUCAAAUAAGCGCGCUGUCACACGUCCACCGUGACAAUUAUUUCCUGAACACACCAUGUCAUCCAUCAUGCUCGGAAGCAAACAACGUCGAACCGCCCCUGCCCCUGGGGUUGAGGGAGACAUGCAGCACUUGAUUGGCCGCGUGCUGAGCAAGGAAGAAGUGGCGCCAAAGGACAAGUACGUGGUGGCGCUGCUGUCCAUGGUCAAGGAGGACGACCGCCUUGACAUGUUCUUCUCUCUGGCUAUGAAGAGCCCGCUGCUCAAGGAGAAACAGACGGUCGUGUGGAAGGCCCUGGGCCUCAUCCACCGCCUCAUGCACUGCCUCGAACGCCCAGACUUCCAGCGACUCAUCAACGAUCACUGCGACAGCAUCAACUUCCUGCGGCGGCUGUGCGACCACGAGACAUCCGUGUACGCCAAGGCGUCCUCCGUGCUCGGCCAGCUGUUGCUGCUCAAGGCAAACUUCCAUCAGCAGUACACCGAGUUUGCCGGCAACAUGGCUGCAGAGGCGUCUGCGUCGCAGGUCAUUGAGAAGUACGGAAAGGACCUCGUCAUGCGCCUGCUGGAGAUGCAGCAGCUCAACAUUGCUUGCAUGACCGUCGUCAUGUCGCUGACAGAGGCCAUGCCCUCCACAUCCGGCAGCGGGGCGGGCAGCGGGGGCAGCGGCGGUGCAACCAGCAAGCAGCAUCGCGGGCUCCAGGGCCGCCACCGCCACCUCACCAUGAACCAGUCGCAGGCGUGUCUGCUCUGGUCCAUCCUCAACGUUGUGCUGGAGUCCGUGAGCGUGUACGAGGCGUGCUUCCAGCUGCUCGUGUACAUGAACCGCACGGGCCGCGACACGGCGGGCGUCGAUCACAUGUUCCAGACGCAGCACCUCAAGCUCCGCAGCACAUACGCAACCGUCCGCAAGCACCCGUACCUCUCCUCCAAGCUGUACACGCUCGACCUUGGUCCGCAGCCGCCAUCCCUCACUGCGGAGAGCGGGGGCAGCGGGACUGCCCUCCCCGCGCGCGUGCAGCCAACGCGCUCCCCGUUUGCCGCCGACUUUGAAGGCAACGACAGCAACCCCGCGUCGCCGGAUGUGGUGCGGCGCAAGACCGUGUCUGGCAACAUGCGCUCGCCCACGGUGCAGCGGCGCGGGCAGCAGGCGGACAGCGACCAGGUGCGGGAGCUGAAGCACGAGCAGGAGGUGCUCAAGGCGACAAUUGCGUCAUUGGAGGACUACAUUCGCGACCUGUCCAAGGGUUUGACGCACGUGGACCCGGACGUUGUUGCCGCCAUCCAGCGGGACGCGCUCGGAGAAGGGCGCGACAAACUGACGGCGAUGCACGGCACGGCGCUGACGCUCAAGCAGCGGUACGAGCAGGUCGUGGAGGACAACGAGAGGCUGCUGGCGCGGGUGGAGGAGCUGGAGGAGCAGCUGAGCGAAGACGCCCUCAACACAUCCACGCAGAACAGAGACUUUGAGGCGGAGUUGUCGCAGGCGCGGCACGCCACGGAGAUGCAGACGGCGCUCGUGGCCAGCCUCAGCGACAUCAACGCAGACCUGCAGAAGCAGCUGGACGAGGCAGAGACGCAGGUGCUGACGAUGAAACAGGAGAUGUCGCAGCAGGAGGAGACAGUGACCCAGCUGCGGCGCGACCUCACAGCCAAGGUGGAGCUGGUGGAGAGGGCCGGUGCACAGCAGAGCAGCGCCGAGGGCGAGCUGAAGGAGGCCCGCGACGAAGGCAGCAGACUGCAGGCGGAGGCCGCCGAACUGCGCCGGGCCGCCGAUGUGGCGCGCUCCGAGGCAGAGCUUGCACGCACGCAGCUGUCGACCAUGACGAAAGAGCGCGACCUGCUUGCAUCACGCGUGACGCAGCUGAAGGCAGACGUGGCAGAGGAAGAGGCGCGGCGUGCUGAGGUGGAGCAGGCCCUCGACGCCGCCGAGCAGCGGGUGGAGGAAGCGACGCAGCGUGCCAUCUCGUCCACAUCGCACGAGCUGGAGGUGCACAACGCCCUGCAGCAGCUGAAGAAGGAGCACGCAACAACCCGGGAGGAGCUGGCGGCGUCCAAGCGCCAGGCAGAGCACCUUGAAGAAGAGGUGUCAAGGGCGCGCAAGGAGGUGGCAGAUGCACAGGCCGCCCACGAGGACGCCGUCGCCAAGCUCAAGCAGGACGUGCGGGAACGCGACGACAAGCUGGUGGCGGCCCUGUCCCACGACGCAUCGUCCGCCCGCGAGCUGCAGCAGCUGCAGGCGCGCCUGGACGAGGUGGGCACGGCGCUGUCGGCCGCAGAGAAGAGGGCGCACGCUGCGGAGAAGGCUGCGGAGGAGGCGCAGGGCCGGGCUGCGGUGGCUGUUGAAGAACGAGAGCGCGUGGAGGCUGCCCGCAAGGAGAGGGAAGCCGAGCUGGAGACAGAGGUGGCGGAACAGCGCACGCGCGCAGACGCAGCCGUGAAGGAGCUGGCACACGCACGCGAGCGGUGGGCAGAGGAGAGGAAGAAGCUUGAGGGCGAGGUGGCGCGGCUGCGCGCACGCGUGGAGACGGUUGCACAGGAGCAGCAGGCGGCGGCGGAGCAGGCGAGGGAGGCCGGCACGCAGGCAGACGCCCUGCAGCAGCAAGUGAUUGAGCUGCGGACGGCGCACAAGAGCGAGGUGGAGCGCAUGCAGCUGCGCCACCAGCAGGCCGUGGAGGAGCUGCAGAGCAAGCAGACCAAGGCGGCCGCACAGGCCAAGCAGGCUGUUGUGCAGCAGCGCACGCACAUGACGAUGAGCAUUGCCGACGCGCUUGCAUCGAUUGUGACGCCGUCGCGCGUGGACGUGCAGGCGACGAUGACGGCGCUGAACACAGAGCUGGAGCAGCUGCACACCGCAGUGGCCAAGGCAGCAGCAGCAGCCGCCGCCGCCAACAACAGCAACAACAAGAACGCCGACGUGAAUGCAAACGCGAUCGACGACGAUGCGGCAGAAGCGUCUGUUGUUGUCGGUGACGCCGUCCGUGCCGGUGCCCUGCUGAACCGCGUGUGCUCACACGUGCAGCUGCUGCUGGAGGAGGACGGGCUGCCGUCGACACAUCCUGCCGCGCGCACGUGCGACACGGCCGUGGACACGUUCAAGGCACUGUUGGAGGGCAUUCGCAGCAGCGGGACGACACCUGAGAUGGUGCAGGCGCUGCAGGCGGCGGUGCAGGAGCUGGCGAUGAGCAGCACGCAGCUGGUGGACCUGCAGCAGACGCAGGAGAACCUCCUCGAACAGCAGAUGUCAGACGCAGCCACGGUGGUUGAUGACGCGUCACGUCGCAUCCAGGCGCUGCUGCACGAUGCGCAGUCCGCGGCGGAGAAGGAGACGCUCAAGGUCAACGAGAAGAUCCUUGACCAGUCUGUCCAGCUCACCGCCCUUAUCAAACAACUCGUGGCCACAUCGUCUGUCCUUCAGCAAGAAAUUGUGUCCGACGAAACAAGCCAGGGCAAGGUGUGGGACACUGCGGACCGCACUGUGUCUGGCUCUGGAAAGCUUGAGGAAAUUAUGGUGUGCGGACAAGAGAUCACAGCAAGCACAGCGCAGCUGGUGUCUGCAAGCCGCGUCAAGGCGCGCCCACGCAGCGAGAAGAAGGCGGAGCUUGAGACGUGCUCGCGGCAGGUGCACACGGCGACGCAGGAGCUGAUUGAGGCUGUGCGCGACGCGUGCCAGCGGGCGAGGGAGGUGCACUCUGCCCAGGACUACCUCAAGCUGACCAUCACGCAGGCGCGUCGGCUGCAGAUGGACUCGCAGGUGCGGGUGAAGGAGCUUGAGUACGAGCUGUUGCAGGAACAGGAGCGGCUGCGACAGCUGCGCAAGGCGCACUACCACCUCUCGGAGACGGCCAGCGUCAACUCGGAACGCGCCUCAAAGCGAAACUCCAUGGUGGCGGCGUAA